CAGAAUCCGAAUUUCCAAGCUUCAUGGAUUUCCCAGAAACCUUGUUCCUUCUCCUUCCACCAAACCCAAACCCAUGACUCCAUUUCGCACAAACCCAAAGAAACCCGAGAAUUCAAAGAAGAAGGAUGAACCCAGAGAGUACACGAGAAACGUAAUUGGGAAAAUCUACAACACGCUAAAGUAUUCAACUUGGGAAACCGCUGAAGCAGAACUCAAGAAUCUCCCAUUGAAGUGGGACUCAUACACGGUGAACCACGUUCUCAAGUCCCACCCUCCAAUGGAGAAAGCUUGGUUGUUCUUCAACUGGGCCUCUGGGCUCAAAGGCUUCAAGCACGACCACUACACUUACACCACCAUGCUCGAUAUUUUCGGAGAAGCUGGGAGAGUCUCUUCCAUGAAGCAUGUUUUCCUUCAGAUGCAGGAGAAGGGUAUCAAGGUCGAUUCCGUUACCUACACUUCCAUGAUGCAUUGGCUUUCGAGUUCGGGGAACGUGGAUGAGGCUUUGCAAAUGUGGGACCAAAUGAAAUCCAAGGGGUGUUACCCCACUGUUGUUUCCUACACUGCUUGUAUCAAGAUUCUGUUUGAAAACCAAAGAGUGAAGGAGGCAACUCGUGUUUACAAGGAGAUGAUUGCCUCUGGUGUUGCUCCAAAUUGCCACACUUACACCGUUUUGAUGGACUAUCUGAUUGGGUCUGGAAAAUGCAAAGAGGCCCUAGAGAUUUUUGAAAAAAUGCAAGAGGCUGGGGCGCACCCUGAUAAAGCUGCGUGUAAUAUUUUGAUUGAGAGGUGUUCUAAAGUUGGUGAGACUUUGUUCAUGACCCAUAUCCUUCAGUACAUGAAAGAAAACCGUCUUGUUCUUCGUUACCCUGUUUUUGUUGAAGCAUUGGAAGCUUUAAAAAUUGCUGGUGAGAGUGAUACCCUUCUAAGGCAAGUCAAUCCACAAUUUUACAUGGAUUGUAGUAUAAGGAAGAACGCAAGUGAUGGUAUCACGGUUGCUGCAGAUUCUCCUACAAAUAUGGACAAAGAGCUUCUAUGUGUUCUCUUGAAAAAUAGAAAUGUUGUUGCUAUUGACCAUUUACUUACAGGGAUGAUGGAUAAGAAAAUAUCUUUAGAUCAUAAGGUUGUCUCAACCAUUAUUGAGGUAAAUUGUAGUCAUUGCCGACCUGAAGGUGCUUUGUUGGCUUUAAAGUACAGUGUUACGAUGGGAAUAAGUAUUGAGAAAACAGGAUAUCUUUCCUUAAUGGGCUUGUUGAUCAGAUCAAAUAUGUUUUCCAAGCUGGUGGGCAUUGUUGAGGAAAUGACUAGAGCCGGGCAUUCCCUUGGAAUCUACCUGGCUUCACUUUUGAUCUUUAGGCUUGGUUGUGCUAGGAGGCACAGUUUUGCCAUGAAGAUUUUCAACUUAUUACCUGAUAACCAUAAGUGCACUGCCACCUAUACUGCCUUAAUGAGUGUUUACUUCUCUGUUAGAAGAGUUAACAAGGCACUUGAGUUUUACAAAACCAUGCGCAGCAAAGGAUAUUCUCCUGUGUCCGGUACUUAUAAUGUACUCAUAGCCGGUUUGGAAAGAAAUGGUAGAUAUGCUGAAGCAGAACAUUAUAGGAAGGCAAAGAAGAGCCUACAUCCCAAUAGUGUUUCUCAGGAAAGUGUUUGCAUAGAGGGAAAGAUAUGUAAUCUUCUGUUUUCUGUGGAUGUAGUACUUUGAUUUUGGUACACUGGGAGUUUUAUUUUUUAUUCAAGUUGAAGGCAUGCUGAAUAGUUUUUACUGGAGAGUGGAGGUAUGCAGGUUAUGCUGCGUGGCACUUGCUCCUUAUCUAUCGAGAGAAGAAGAGAUAUUUAAAGAUGCGAACAAGGUCUAACUGUCAUGUUCCAUCUAUCUGCAAUUGCAAGAUCUUGCAGAAAAUGCUAUGAAUAUGGAAUGGAUGAGCUCCAGCUUUUUUCAAGCAACCAUAUGAUGGAUAAAACAAGAAAUUUUGAAGUGUGUUCACAUGCAGAUAGAUGUUCAUGACUUUGUUGUCCUAGUCAAAGACGAACAGGAGGAGUGGUUAAUAGAAUGUGGGAUGACAGCUAAAAUAUACACGUACCGAAAAGUCCUUACAUUAAGCAUAAUCACUUUUAAAUUAUCUCUUCUCCUGUUCAAGUAUCUUUGGUGAUUUGGACACCAGUCUAAUCUAUACAUACACAUAAAAGGACCUGUCUAGCAUUUUUACCGUGUAAAUUCUAACCUUUUGACUUUUGUCACGUGAAUUUUGACAGUCAGAUGAUAUACUUUUUAAUUGUGUCAUUAAUUCUUCUUAAAUUCUCAGGACUAGUAUUUAUUAUAUUUCUUACUCUGUACGUUUUAUCUUUUUAUUAAAUGCAGCACUUCUU